CUUCUGCUCUCCAAACUUGCCUCUCAAUUCCUCCAAUUCACAUUCUUCAUCAUGGUCGUCGGCUCUGUUCUCGUCACCGGUGGUACCGGCUACAUUGGCUCCUUCACGACUCUCGCCCUUCUGGAUGCCGACUACAAGGUCGUCAUCGUCGACAGCCUGUACAACUCGGACGAGGAGGUCCUCAACCGCAUUGAGUUGAUCUCCGGAAAGCGCCCCAUCUUCUACAAGCUCGAUAUCACCGACGAGUCCGCCCUUGACAAGGUGUUUGACGAGCACCCGGACAUUGACAAUGUCAUCCACUUUGCCGCUCUGAAGGCCGUUGGCGAGUCGGGCGAGAUCCCCCUUGAGUACUACCGUGUCAACGUUGCCGGCAGCUUGGCCCUUCUGCAGUCCAUGGCCAAGCACGAUGUCACCAACAUCGUCUUUUCUUCUUCCGCGACCGUCUACGGCGAUGCUACCAGGUUCCCCAACAUGAUACCCAUUCCUGAGCACUGCCCUAUCGGUCCCACCAACACCUACGGCCGCACCAAGUCCACGGUUGAGGCUAUGAUCACCGACCACGUUGAGGCUGAGAGGAACAAGGCCAAGAAGGCUGGCAAGGACGGCUCCAAGUUCAACGGCGCCCUGCUGAGGUACUUCAACCCUGCCGGUGCCCACCCCAGCGGUCUCAUGGGCGAGAACCCUCUGGGUAUUCCUUACAACCUGCUCCCUCUCCUCGCCCAGGUUGCUAUCGGCAAGCGGGAGAAGCUGCUCGUCUUCGGUAAUGACUACUCGUCCAAGGACGGCACAGCCAUCCGUGACUACAUCCACGUUCUCGACCUUGCCAAGGGCCACCUUGUCGCUCUGAACUACCUCCGCGAGAAGCAGCCUGGUGUCAAGGCGUGGAACCUCGGCUCCGGCAGAGGCUCCACCGUCUUCGAGAUGAUCAAGGCCUUCAGCCACGUCGUCGGCAGGGAUCUGGCCUACCAGGUCGUUGAGCGCCGCCAGGGUGACGUUCUCGACCUGACUGCCAACCCUUCGCUGGCGAACAAGGAGCUUGGCUGGAAGACCGAGUUGACCCUCGAGGACGCGUGCGCCGACCUCUGGAAGUGGACUGAGAACAACCCUGAGGGCUACGGCCAGGCGCCGCCCCAGGAGUUCGUCGAGGCGCUCAAAGCUUCGAAGCAAUAGAUGAGGAGCCAGGCUGAACCAGGCGAGGUUCGAGACGACGAGAGCACGUGUUGUGAAUCGAAGUAAUGCAUAGGAUUAGGAGCUCUUAGAGCAUAUAUUAUUUAGCAUGGCAGCGUCAGGUCCCCGAGAGCAGUGCUUGGUUAUCCAGGACGAUCGGCUGCAUAUGAAGAAGGAAUUGAAAUAUUUUUUUUAAGAUGAC